AUAGGUGAAUUUACAGGGACAACACUUGAAAAUCCCCUGGCUAGUGAACCAUUAAGGUGAGCCCUGCCUUCCGUCCCCGCGUCCCUCCCCGCGCCGCUCUCCCGUUGCUGGGUGCUAAAGCAAACCCCAGCUCUGUUUACCGAGUCUACUAUUACAAUACGGCUACCAAAUAUUUGCCAGCCGUCAGCUCGCUGCUCCGCUAUAAAUACUUCAGGCCCAGGUGGAGGGACGGGCAGGGGGAGCGGCGCGGGAGCCUAUGCAUGGCCGGGCGGCAGCGCCAAGGGUGAGUGCCGGGGGUGCCUCUGAGCGCUGACAUGGCCGCGGGUGUAAUCCAGCCCCUGGCCGAGCUGCGGCUGCCCUCGCCCUUCCCGCACGGCCUCCUGCUGCCCACGCACCCUGAGCCCGACUUCCCCGACCUCUCCGAGGAAGAGGAGGAAGAAGAAGAGGAGGAAGAGGAGGAGGACGUGGAAGCAGUGGAGGAGAGCGUGAGGCCAGAGCUGGCCAGUGUCUCCAGCACUGCCGAGACCACCCUGCGUCUCCUCAAGUUUUCGGAGCUCAUCAGCUGCGACAUCCAGCGCUACUUCGGGCGGCGGGGCCGGGAGGAGGCGGCCAGCAGCCGCCCCGUGCCCGAGGACUGCGGCUCACCCCGGAGUGCCGAGGCUGUGCCCGAGGUCCUGGCCCCCCGGGACAGCCCGGGGGCCACGCACAGGUUGGGGCCGCUGGCCGAGCUGUUCGAGUACGGCGUGCACCGGUGCCUGCCCGCGCGGGCGGCCGGCGGCAGGACGCAGCGGCUGGAGAGGAAGUACGGCCACAUCACCCCCAUGCACCGCCGCAAGCUGCCGCCCUCCUUCUGGAAAGAGCCGGGCCCAGGCCCCGCCAGCCUCCUGCACACCGGCACCCCUGACUUCAGCGACCUCCUGGCCAACUGGACAGUGGAGCCAGGGCCGGAGCUGCCAGGCACUGGGCGGGAGCUGCUGGGCCGCCCGGGGCUGGAGGCAGAGCCCUUUGCUGGGCUGUGACCCCACCGUGGCCCCGGGGGCCCCGGUCCCGCCACGUGCCACCCAGUUAAUGAUAAACCUGGUGGCCCCAGUGCCAGCACCGGGGCACUCGGAGCUGCCGGGUCCAAACUGGUGAUGGGACGAGUGAAUAAAUGACUCCCGCCAGGCA